GGAGGCGUGGCCUCCAACGACACCAUCAGCUGCAGCUUCAUGCAGAGCAGUCGACGCGCCGCUGCGGCCGCCCUGCAGAACACAAGCGACUCACGCGGAGCUCCGGGCCCCGUCGGGCCGCCUGGAGUCAGCGGGCAGCCGGUGCACCGGGAGGCGGAGACAAAACCCCGGACCUGACGCAGCCAUGGAGACGGAUGGAGAGCAGAACCAGCAGGGGGCCUCGACCAAUGGGAGCGCUGCAUCUGGGACGAGCUCCCGCCCCUCUCCAAUGAAUUCCAUGUCUCUGUAUGAAAGACAAGCGGUGCAGGCGCUGCAGGCGUUACAGAGGCAGCCGAAUGCAGCUCAGUACUUCCAGCAGCUGAUGCUGCAGCAGCAGAUCAGCAACGCGCAGUUUCAGAACCUGGCAGCCGUGCAACAGGCUACUCUGGCUGCCAGUCGUCAGUCAGGUCCCUCCAGCGUUGGCUCUCCUCAGACCAGCAGCACCGCGGCCGCCAGCGUGACGUCUGGGUCGACAGCCAGCAGCCGCCCCGUGGGCGCCCCGACAACGUCCACCAUCAGCCAAUCGGUGCUGCUGAGCGGGGCGGCGGGGGGGCAGGGCCAAAUGUACCUGAGGGUCAACCGCUCCCUGAGGGCCCCCAUCUCCUCGCAGCUCAUCUUCAUGCCCGGCAACACGGCCGCUGCUGCCGUGGCAACCGUCACCCAGCAGCCGCGGGCCCAGCAACAGGAAGUGGCGCCGACUUCCUCCUCCGGCGGCCAAUUGGAUAACAACCAGGUGCAGAAUCUCGCCAUGCGAGGUGUGUCGGCUCUCAAAGGCGUCGGCGUGAAGACCGAAGCCCCGGAGAGGAGCGACUCAGCUGCCUACUCCUUCGUCCAGCCCUCCCAGUCCCCCAGUAAGCCGAGCCAGCCGCCCCACAUCAAGAUCCCCACCUACCCUCAGCCCACCAACCUCAAGGCCCACCCGUCCUCCUCCGCCUCCUCCAUCCCUCUCUCCCAGCUCCUGCUUCACGGAACCCGGACUCUCGCCGCGGGAACCACGGCUUCCGCGGCGGGGCACACUCUGGUCCUGACGUCCGGCGGCGGCGGCGGCGUGUCGGCCGUGAAGCCGGCGGGCAGCGCUCAGACGCUGGUGGUGCAGCCGCUGCAGAAGACGUCGUUCGGCGCCGAGAAAUCGGGCCACGGCGGUGGGCCCGUCCCCAUCCAGCCCAAAACUCUGCAGGGGCUCCGCCUGCCGCUCCAGCUGCCGUCGAGGAACCCGCCUCCCAUCCUGCCCGCCCCGCCCCCCGUCAGCAGCGCCGCCCAGCCGGCGCCGGCACCGCCGCCGCCGCCGCACAUCCCCGUCCAGAUCGUGGGUGCGAGGCAGAGCACGCUGGGAAACACCAAGGCUCUGGCUCUGGCCCGGGGCAGCUGCUGCCAGGACGGCGGCUCGUCCAGCCUGCUCACGGUGGUGGCGUCCAUCGCUUGCAGAGAGGGCGGGGUCGUGGGCCGAGGGGCGGGGCUAAAGGCGCUUCAGUCGCCGCAGGAGGCCCCCCCGUUGGCUCAGGUGUCUCAGGUGCGUCCGCAGGCCAAGCAGAGCUCCGGACCGAGUCACAGCGGACCCCUGACUUCCAUCCCCGCCUCCUCCCAGGCGCCCGCGGCGUCCUCCCCGCCCGCCGCGAUGUCUCGCUCCUCCCUCUCGCUGCCGCUGGCGACGGAGGAGCGGCGAGGAGCGGCGGCCGCCGUGACCGCCAACGGAGACUCGUCCAGAAGUCAGACCCCACAGGGUAAGCACUUGACGGGCUCACUAAAAAGAAAGUCCGACUCGACUUCAGCCAAUGACGAAGACGGCCCCUCCCCUCCACGGCUCCAGCCAGUCAGAAACCACGCUUCGGCACUGCCGACCAAUCCCAGCGAAGCGGGCCUCGGUGCUCCUCUUCCCGUCUCCCCCUCCCCCUCCCCCAUGCUGCCGGGGUCCCGUGGGGUCUGCCAGGGGGAGAGAGCUCCUCCCCCUCAAGCUGUGGUGAAACCCAACGUCCUCACGCACCUCAUAGAGGGCUUCGUCAUCCAGGAGGGGGCCGAGCCUUUCCCUAUGUGUGGGUCAGUGAAGGACUCCACUUUAACCGACGACGGUCCGGACGCGAACCAAUCGGAGACGGUUACCGCGGCGACAGUGCUGAAGUGUGAGUACUGUAAAAACUUUGCUCCCGCCAGCCAGUUCAGAGGCACCAAAAGGUUCUGCUCCAUGACUUGUGCCAAGAGGUACAACGUCAGCUUCCGGCAGCACUUCUGCAUGCGGCAGGGUCAAGGUCAAGGUCAAGGUCAGCUCUCCAACUCGGACGAGGAGGGAGGAAUCGCCAGGCGGAGGGUCCCCCGCAGGACCAGCUCCGAAAUAGCCAGCGCCAAGAUAGCAGGGAGACCCCCACCUGUCAAGGUGAGAGGGAGCCGCUCGGAGUCCAGCCACUCGGACGAGGAGUCCAGCGGCGAGGAGGACGAAGACGACCCCGUGUCGCUGUCGUCCGCCUCCUCGGCGUCCUGCCGCCCGCCGCCGCCGCCUUCUCCUCCUCCUCCUCCGCUCCCGGCGGAGAGCUCGGCGCCCGGCUGCCUGCCCGCCGGCCCCGCCCAGUGGAGCGUGGGGGAAGUGUCGCAGUUCAUUUCCUCGCUACAAGGCUGCGAGGAGGUCGCCUCCCAGUUCCUGUCGCAGGAGAUUGACGGACAGGCCCUGCUGCUGCUGAAAGAGGAGCACCUCAUGUCCACCAUGAACAUCAAGCUAGGUCCCGCCCUCAAGAUCUGCGCCCACAUCAACACCCUGAGAGACUGACGCAUCCGGCGUGUUCAGAGUCGAUCCCCGAGACCCUGAAACACCAGUUCGGAUGUGGAACUGGUCCCACAGGUGUCCCUGCAGGCGGGAUGCAGGAGGUCCAGUGCACGGCUCUCCAGCUCCCUGUAGGGCUGCAGCUUCUGACUCUGUAGUUGAAUUGUUCUCAACGGAGACAACUGUUCGUCUUUCAUGUGUGUGAGUUUGCAAAAAAAACAACAAAAAAAUACCACGGAUUUCUAUAUUUUGGUGAAGAUUCAUGUUUUCCUAAAAUGGAAACCUGCAGUCAUAAAUAGUUCCAACCAAAUGGUUUAGUUUAGCUUUUCAGUUGCACAGUUUCACGCGGAAAUGGAGCUUUUUUUGAAUGUAAUGUCGAUGCAGAAGUCACUUCGGCGAGUUGGAUUCGUUGCACUUGCACAAGAUUCCCACGUUAUGUACAAACAUGGCUGCCCUUUACACAGACGUUGACCUAGGCAGUGCUUACCUUGUUUGUGUGUUUGUUUGUUUGUUUGUUGCAUUUAACUGCUAUUCAUUGUUUAGUAUUGUAAAGGAGAAAAAAAAGAUUUUUUUGACAGAUUUCUUUGUCGUCAAAAAUAAAGUCAGGAUUUGUUUUUCUUGUCUUUGAGAACAUUUCGGUUCUCAUCUAGAACCAUCGUGGCUUUUUCCUGAAACGUGUUUUUUCUUAUUUAAGCCACAAUCGUCACGGCAUUAGGACAGAAAUGCAGUAAAUAAAUACGCUUAAUUUAAUUUAAAUCUACCUAAUAAGCUAUGUGUCACAGUCAUUAUCUAAGAUGCCAUUUUCAAGUCAUUUUUAUUUAAUUUUUUUUCAAGGGAACAUUUAUAACUUUAAUGUUCAUUAUUUUAUUUAUUUUUUUGCCUCAUUAAUUUGAAACAGUGUCUGCUUCUUUAUUUCGUACGCGGCCUCUUAUUCAGUCUACAGGGUAAACUCAAACUACAGGGUAGCGGCUGCAGAGAUCCAAAUGAAACCCGAUAUAGUUUCUUUUUCUCACAUUCCUGUGUUUUUACAAACGGGAGCACAAAAAUAAAUGCUCCUCCUCCCAAAAAACGGUGUUUUAUCGGAGGUCUUAUCGUGGACUCGACUCUGAGAAAUGUAAUCUGCAAUCUGUGACUUGUAUUUCUUUCUGCCAGGCAAUUUCAAGAUUGUCGUUUAUAUAUAUAUUUAUUUUUUUUAAAGCGGUGGCACCGACGUCGCGGGCUUGAUUUACUGAACGUUUAACACGAGAACGGAGAAUAAAAGCCGCCUCUGGGUUCACGAACACAUGAAUAACUCCGGGCGUGUGGACCUACGUUUUAGGAUGAAGAAGAAGAAGAAUCCUCCCUGAAUGAGUGUGUGUGUGUGAAUGAGGUUAAAACGAAAUUAAGCUAAACUGUAAUAAGUGUAAAAGUUGCCUUUAUAUUUAAAUGCACAUGUGUUUGCUGGACGGCCUCGUUUAAGCUGUUUUCUCAUGUUCUCUGUGAACCUUGUGGCCUUUCUCACGAGUCUCUCCGAUAGGUCGAGAUGAGGAUUGUCUGUUUUUUAACUGCUUUUCAUAUCACUCCUUUUUUUUAUAUUAGUGCUUACUUUUUUUUUUUACGAUGUGUUAAUUCAAGCAAUGACAUGUGUUGCCUUUCCCAAAAAGAGUGACUGAAUAGUAGCUCCCUUGACCAAGGACACUCGCUCGUCUUCCUCGUAGCUUCGUCUCCUAGCGUGUAAACUACCAGCGGUGUUCCCCCUUUCUAGACGUCCAUCUUCGGCUUCGUUGUUAGUGACUGUGGCUCUUGAGGUUGUUUAUGUUCAAAGAGGAUCGUGAUCUUUGAUGGCUGUGUGUUCUGUAUUUCAUGGUUGGUCUACAGAUUUUUAAAGUGUUUUGAAUCCGCAGCUCCUUCGCCAUAUAUUGUGAAGACCAAAACAAAAAUAAUAAUAAUAAUAAUAAAAAGCCCUUGUACUGCAUUACAAGUGGUGUGAGCCACAAUGUCCCAGUCGAAACAUGUGCAGGUCUGUGUUGAUUUGUUCUUUUAUUCUCACAAAAUAAUAAAAAAGACCCUUUUUCUUUCCUUUUUAUUAAAUAAAGAGGCUACUUCAGGAUUUGUUUGCUUGCAAUAAUCUGAAAAGACAAAAUAACCCGCUGAUAAACCUUUGAUGGGCCGAGUGUGACGAGGAGACCCUAACGAUGCCAUCAUGCAAAUAAAUAACCAAGGAUCUGUUUUAAAACUGCGACGCCUGUGUUUUUAUUUUUGAAGUGGAACUAAACUGACCUGCGA